CAAAGUCUUCGCUCAUAUGCAUGGCAUGCGACAAAGUGGACCAUAACAACAAGUGCAUCGACCUGAAGGUCUGUGAUGACACCGAUCGCUACUGCUAUACAAAAUAUUUUGGUAGAGGUUCUGGCGAAGACCACAAGGAACUGAUCAGCAAAGGAUGUUCUGCCGAUUGUCCUGAAGUAGGGUUUGAUAUCGGCGUGAUGGCUUUCUCAGUGAAAUGCUGUCAACAUUCCUUCUGCAACACAAGUGGUGCCGUCGGUGUGAAGAAGAGCUCCUUGCUGCUGUUGGUGGGCACCUUGGCCAGUGUCUUCUAUAUCAUUGGAGUCAAUCUGUGAUGAGAGAGAGACUACAUGAGCUCAUGG